CGUUUACUCCCGUUUGCUGAACUCACUCACUUCGCACAUCAGAUUUUCACAUUACCCGUUGGUUCAACAGCACUGCGGCGGAAUGAAGCGGCCAGAACAGAUCCGAAUGCAUCACGAGUGGUAUCACUCGCAGUUAGCUAUCGAUUCCUUACACGGAAUGGGCGGAUAUGUAUUUCUGCCCAGUCACGACGGUCAUCUCCGCAGUAUUCAGAGGAGAUAAGGCGUGUGUACAAUAUCCGCCUGUUCACAUAUGUAUUCGAAUGAUCAUAGUCUUGAUACUAAUCUUUGUGGGUCACAGAAGUACGAGUUGUCGAUCGAGCCUGGCUCCUCCGUUCUGCUCCUUUCUACUCUAAGACUGAAUCGCGUUCACGUCCAGUCCGCGAAACCUCAAUGUACUCAUCGCGGAUGGCUGGCUGGCCGGAUUUCUGGCCUGGUCCACCUCGUAAUGCUCUCCUAACAGAAUCGACGUUGCACCACUUGUUCGGUCCUCGUCCUCCCUCCGAUACCACCGUUCUUCACUUUCAGUUGGCAUGGAUCAUCUGAAACCUACCACAUAUACAGUCCGCUAUCCUCGAUGGAUGGUUGGCAGGCCGCUCCUCGCCGCGUCGUCUGCGCUAGCAUCUCUCGGUGAUGCUAUGUUUGGGUACAGCCAAGGUGUAAUUGCGGCCAACCAGGUUCAGCCCGCCUUCAUCAAGAGGAUGUUUAAGAAGGUAGUUACGUUGGAUCAAAUACAAGCUGGUCACAGUGGCGUGAAUCCAACCGUGUUGGCCAUCACGGUCGCUUGUCUGAAUAUCACCGCUGCUAUAUCCGCGAUGGGUGCGGCAUACGUCUGCGACAUCCUUGGCCGACGCAUGUCUGUUCGCAUAGGCGCCGUCAUUUAUUUUUUUGCUUCCUUCAUCCAGAUGUUUGCUCCAAACCUUGCAACGCUUAUUGUAGGUCGGUGCAUCCAGGGCGUCGCCGUCGGUAUGCUCUCUAUGACUGUGCCCGUCUUGCAAUGUGAGAUUGCGCCUGGCCAUGCUCGGGGUGUCUUCGUGUCCAUCGAAUAUCUUUGCCUCAACGGUGGCUAUGUGCUCUCUGCGUGGGUCGGCUACGGGUUCUUCUUUGCUAUGCCUAGCGAGAUCGCGUGGCGUGGGCCCUACAUCAUUCAAGCUGUCAUGGCAUUCAUCCUUAUUUUGUGGACCUUUGUCCUCCCCGAGACACCUCGUUGGCUCAUCAAGAACGGAUUCAAGGAGGAAGGGCUAUGUGCGCUCGCCGAUCUCACGGGACACGGCGACCCCAUGGAACCUGAAAUCCAAAAAAGCUACGCCGAGAUCGUCGCGGCGAUCGCCUACGAAGACACGUUUGGUCAGGCGUCUUGGGCGCAGCUCUUCAAACAGUACACGCGCCGCAGCGUCGUCGGCAUCACCUGUCAGAUGUUUGCCCAGCUCAACGGGAUCAACGCAAUCUUGUACUUUCUACCCACAAACCUGACACGCGCCGGCUUCACCGUCUCUAAAGCACUACUCUAUUCUGGCGCGUGCGCGCUCAUCUAUUGUGCGGGGACUGUUCCAACUAUGUUCUAUAUUGACAAGUGGGGCAGGAGGUUCUUCUUGCUUUUCGGAAGCGCAGCUUUGGUGGCGUCACUUGCAGCCAUCGGCGGGCUGCAGUUUUACUCUGACAGUCUUCCCGAAGGUCCUGUAAGGAUGCCAGCCGCCAACGGCAUUUUCACCGCUGUGUGUAUCUACCUGUUUUUCUUUGGCGCAACUUGGGGUCCAACGCCUUGGUUGCUCGGUGCAGAGAUCUUCCCUCUUCGUGCACGCGCAAAGGGUAUGGCGUUGUCGACAAUUUCCAACUGGAUCUUCAACUUUAUCAUCGCCUUCAUCACCCCGCCUCUCUUCUCAGCCAUUCACGGAGGGUACUACUUCCUCCUCCUCGGUUUCUGUGCCAUCUCAGGCGUUUUCGUGUAUUUCGUAUACCCCGAGACGGCACAUCUCACGCUGGAGGAGCUUGGCGAAGCCUUCGGCGACAAAGUCAUGGACGAUGGGAAGCUGCUAACACCUGUCGUGCCACCCAACGCAUUGGGACACCCCGAGGAACCUCAAGACGUGAAGGCAGUAAUCGAGCAAGUAGAAAAGGCGCAGGAGGAUAUACGUACGGUUGGAGGCAGCACGGCCAACAUCAAUCACUAGGCGUUCGAGCUCGAUUCCAAAUAGAGACCGAAAAAUACUCAUAUAUGCGUACGAAUCCAACAUAACUAGACGCCGUGAUAUGCUAUGCUACAUGAUGUUUGCGACUAGAGAGCAGUGACGGAUGUGCGAAGAGACCGAAAGCCAUGCGUGUGAGCGAAUGCAAGAAAAAAUAACAGCUGAAAACAGUCCAAGAACCUGAAGCAAGAUACAUGAAGAAAAAUUACCUUAGCCGUCGCGCGUAGUGUGAUCAACGUCACUGAGAUCCGAGCUUGAGUCGUUGAUGAGGUCGCCCCAGACGGAAGGAAGGGAUUCGAAUUCAAGCAUUGAGCCACCGGAAGAUACAUCGCUCAAGGCCAAACUCCCGUCGAGCUCUUGAGAGUUCAUCGCGUCAAGCCUUUCAAUUAUGUCAACCAUCUUGUUCACCAUUUUCCUGGGGAUCUGGAAGGCAGCGGGGCGUGAAGGGCUGGUAGUUCGAGAGUUCGAGAGGUCAUCGCGUACAGACAUAUGGAGAUGUGGCUGGCCCUGAACUGGAGAAGUGACCGGGUCGAGUUGCGGAUUCGCGGUGUCAGAUGGCGAUUUCGCAGAAGAGCGCGUAGGGCCAAUGUCUGCGCCCUCUUCGUCAGAAACGGGUGCAGUGUCUUUCUCUGUUGCUUUUCGGCUCCCCAUAUGUCCAACAGAAUGUGUAGACUGAUCCUUCCUGCCAUAUGUACCCAACCGAUGUUGAAUAGGAACUCCAUUGAAGGAAAUGGCUUGGAGCGGGGUAUGGGGCUGUAAGACGGGAGAAUGAGCCUGGGACGG